UUUUAAUUUCACCUAUUUAACUCUUGUUACCCUACAGUAAUCCAUUGAAUCUAUUACCCAAAACGUGGCCUGUAUAAUCAGCCUCAACUGAGCCUGCCCAAGUCCACGAUCUUCCAUCGACAGACCUCGUAAUCUCCUACAGCUAGUUUUGUCACGUUAUAAAGCGUUAUCUUCACGAUGUUCGGAUUUGGCUCCUCGUCCUCAUCUCAACCUGAGAUUGAAAAACCCGCCCCUAGUAGGGAAGAACGCAAGGCUUGUUGGAAUUCCCGAGAUAUCUAUUUUGGGUGUUUGGACAAGAACAAGGUCUUGCAAGCAGGUGAUGAAGUCAGAAGGGAUACAAAAGGGAAUGUUGUCCCAGGCGGAGUUUGUUCUACGGAAAGAAUGGGUUACGAAAGCAACUGUGCCAAAGCUUGGGUCGACUACUUCAACAAACGACGGACGUUGGAGCUCAGGAGGCUGGCGACAAUCGAAGCAGCGGAAAAUAGUGGUAACAAGGAUGCUGCCGAGGCGUGGAGAUCUGUUGGGGGAGCUUCUAAACCAUGAUCAAAGGCAGUAAUGUCGAUAAGUUGAUGACACAGGAGGAUUAAGGGUCAUCGAAGCAAAUCGUUAGCAUGAAUCACACAUCUCAUUUGCUGAGUUUUGAAA